AUGUUGGCUCCGGCAAAGGCAUAUGAUAACAGGAGCUUUUUUUCUUGGGCUCUUCGGGUUGGCGACUUGGCGUCAUUCCGUCAAGUUGCCGCGGUUCCUUUCACCAACAAGUUCAACAACCUGAAGAUACCAGUACUACUAGUAUAUACCAUUCUCGAGAGAUUCAUGAUUCACCCCGUUACUCGUACCUCCAACCAACGAGCGUCAACAGUCGCUUCAGCCCAACCCCCUGAUAUCAGCCGUAGUAAAGUAGUCUACAUCCAUCGAGCACAUAUCCCCCAACAGUUUGAUCGUGGACAAAAAUACAAUCCAGGCUGCUUCAUUCAAUGCCUGGCGGCAACGACACCCUCGUCGUUCCCAGUUCACGGAUUUCAAGAAUACUCGUACCAAUCGCUCGUAUCAAAUACGAAACGGAUGGUUAAUACAAGAAACAUAAAUGAACAACCUGUCCCAUGGUACAGUACACAUUAUGCACUGCAUCGCCUUCCACCUUGGUGCCAGCUUGAGUUUGCAAGGUGGAGUGGAAACAGGACUGAAUCCGAACAUCGGGUAUUCGUCCGCACACCUGAGGAAAAUGUGUUCAAAUGGAAGCUCGACUGGGUGGGGGUGGAAGUUGGCGCUGAAAGUUGGGCCCGACGACAACCUGCAGCAUCCCUUUGGCAAACGCUGUACUAUACAUAUAUUGUAGUACCAGAUUGCUUCGCCUUUUCUCCAGAAGCAUCCAGUCGGGCGGAAGCUAUCAUCAUCCUGUUGUGCUAG